UGAAAGGAGAAGCUGUACCGUGAUGUGUUCGGAUAUAAUGCGGAGUUUCUCUGCCGUCGCCGCUUGUUUUAUUUUUAAAUAAGCCUAGGCCUAUAUGUAUCUGUGGUAUAAUAUGCAGAUGAUUCUCACAUAAGAAGCAUCGGAUGAGAGGAAAACGGCAAUGGGGGAUGUUAUUCACGUGAAAUGUGUCAGGAUAUGGUUACUGACACUCCUUUGUUUGUGGGAUCCAUCCUCUGGGCAGAUUGUGUACUCCGUGUCAGAGGAGGUGAACAAGGGAACCGUGGUUGGAAAUAUAGCGAAGGAUCUGGGUCUUAAAGGUAAUGAUCUGGAGCCGCGGAUGUUUCAGCUGGUAUCGGGAUCCAGCAGGAAAUACUUUGAGGUAAAUUUGAAAACUGGUGUGUUGUUUGUGAAUGAGAGAUUAGACAGAGAAGAGCUGUGUCCUGGUGCUCAGAAAUGUAAUUUAUUUUUAGAAGCCAUUAUUCACAAUCCUCUAAACCUUUAUCGUGUAGAAAUUAAUAUCUUAGACGUAAAUGACAACGCGCCAUUUUUUCCACGGAAUAAAAUCGAGUUAAAUAUAACAGAAAAUGCUACUCCGGGGGACCAGUUCUCUAUUCUUAUGGCAGAAGAUCCCGAUGUGGGCAGUAACUCGUUAAAGACUUACAAGCUGAGUCCGAAUGAACAUUUCACUCUGGAUGGACAAGGUGGCGGAGAGCAAAGUGCAUCUGCUGAGUUAGUGCUACAAAAAGCUUUAGAUCGAGAGAAACAGGCCACGAUUCCACUCGUACUGACUGCUAUUGACGGAGGCAAACCUCCUAGAUCCGGGACACUACACAUCAUCGUGAACGUGAUGGACGUCAACGACAACAGCCCAGUGUUUAACAAACCAUUGUACAAGAUUCAACUGGAUGAGAAUGUUCCAUACGGCACCCCGGUUAUAACACUAAAUGCUACCGAUUUAGAUGAAGGCCUAAACAGUCUGAUACAGUACUCCAUCGUUGAGCACAAAAGCGUACAUUUAGAUACGUUUAAUGCUGAUCCCCAUACUGGCAGAAUCACCGUAAAAGGAAGAAUUGAUUACGAGGAAAAUCCUGCGUUUGAAAUCCGUGUAGAAGCUACAGAUAAUGGCGUCCCACCACGUAGUACACAAUGUAAAGUUCUAAUCGAAGUUAUUGACUUGAAUGACAAUCGUCCUGAAAUCUCAGUCACACCACUACUGAAGAGUCUAAGGGAAGACGCGAAAAGUGCAACAGCUGUUGCAUUGAUAACACUUUCUGAUAAAGAUACGGGUAAAAAUGGAAUGUUGAAGUUUGAAAUAAUUGGUCCAUCACCUUUCAAACUGCAAUCUUCAUUUAAAAACUAUUACUCACUGGUUGUUGACGGACCGCUAGACAGAGAGAAAGUUUCUGAAUAUAACGUCACCAUCAUAGCUACAGAUGAGGGAACCCCGCCCCUCUCCAGCACUAGCGUCAUUACUGUGCACGUUUCUGAUGUGAACGACAACGCGCCGCGUUUCCCAGAGCCGUUGAUAAAUAUUUAUGUAAAAGAGAACAAUCAGAUCGGCAUCGUUAUAUAUACCGUGUCUGCGGCUGAUCCGGAUGAAAAUGAAAACGCCCGAGUUUCUUAUUCGCUCAUUGAAGGCUCUUCAGCCAGUGUUCCGCUUUCUAGUGUAAUAAACGUUAAUUCGGCCAGUGGGGAGAUAUACAGCUUACAGUCUUUUAACUACGAAGAAAUGAAAACGUUUCAGUUUCAAAUUCGGGCCACAGACUCUGGUGAACCUCCUCUAAGCAGCAACGUGACCGUGAAGGUUUUUAUCCUGGAUGAGAAUGACAACAGUCCUGGGAUCCUCCUGCCCUAUUCGGACCAGGGCUCCGUCAGUACUGAGAGCAUUCCGUACUCUGCCGAAGCGGGCUACUUCGUGGCCAAGAUCAGAGCUGUAGAUGCGGACUCUGGUUAUAAUGCGCUGCUCUCUUACCACAUUGCGGAACCCAAGGGAAGCAACCUGUUUAGAAUCGGAACCAGCAGCGGGGAGAUACGGACUAAGAGGCGAAUGAGUGACAAUGACCUGAAGACUCACCCGCUGGUCAUUUUGGUUUCUGAUGGCGGAGACCCAUCCCUGUCAGCCACUGUGUCUAUUGACGUCGUGGUUGUUGAAAGUAACAGUGAAAUUCAGACUCACUUCAGGCAUCUUCCGACCAAAGAGGAGAGUUUUUCGGACUUAAACCUGUAUUUGCUGAUCGCCAUCGUGUCAGUGUCGGUGAUAUUUUUGCUGAGCCUCAUCAGUUUGUUAGCCGUGAAAUGCCACAGGACGGACACCAGUUUGAGUAGAUACAGCGCUCCGGUGAUCACCACACACCCCGACGGGAGCUGGUCUUACUCUAAAUCCACCCAGCAGUAUGACGUGUGUUUUAGCUCAGACACACUGAAGAGUGACGUAGUGGUUUUCCCGGCGCCGUUCCCGCCUGCAGAUGCUGAACUGAUCAGUAUUAAUGGGGCUGAUUCUUUGAAACGGAACCAAACACUGCCGACCCGGGAGAAGGUAAGAUUGUAA